AUGAAUACCCAACCAGGAGACUACAAAUACCCAGAACAACAACAACAACAGCCUCAACAACAACAACAACAACAGUCUCAACAGCCUGUCGUUAUUGUUCAACACCCAGAACAGCCAGAACAACCAAGACAAUACUCAACUUUAUCCAAAGUCUUGUUAUACAUCAGUGUUAUCAUCCCUCCAAUCCCAGUUAUAAUUGUCGCUACUGACGCUAAUGACAUUUUCAUCAAUUUAUGUUUAUUAUUCCUUUUCGGUGUUGGCGCUUUGUUCCAUUCGAUUUAUGUUGUUUAUAAAUACACUAGUGGUGAAAAGAGUUAUGGUGCUUGGAUCAAGAAGUAUGGCCAUAAGAAUGAAAAGAGACCAUCUGGUGGGAAUGUUUAA